AUGCACCUUGCCGUACUCAGAGCUCCUGGCUUCCAGCUUGAUGGCGGGAUGCACAGGAAGGCGUCGGAGUCGAGGAGAUCAGGGCAUGGCAUGAACAAGCAGGGCAUGGUCGCAGAGAGGCAGCGGAUGAGAUCCGACGGGGCUGCGAGGCCCAGGCCCGCGGUCCUGCGAUCCUACGAUCCCGCACCUGUCCACGACCAAAGUCCAGACGGAUCAGGGAAUGACGACCGGGAUGGAUCAACAGGCGCCGCAGGAAGGCGCUUUCUCCUGGCUGGUAGCACCAGCUUGGCCGGACCUGGAGUCACGGACGGAGAGGCUGGAGAUAGCUUCCCGUGCGGUGUAAGGCGUUCAGGAGGCGAACCGCAGAUCGAGCUGGUCUAG